UCUUGGGUGAAGGUUCACUUACGGUGACUCGGUUACGCCCGCUGUCCACAACUUCUUUCCACUGUUUCACCCACCAUGUCUGGCCGCGUUCUCGUCGGUGUCAAGCGUGUCAUUGACUACGCAGUUAAGAUCCGGGUGAAGCCGGACAAGAGUGGCGUGGUGACCGAUGGCGUGAAGCACUCAAUGAACCCCUUCUGCGAGAUCGCCGUGGAGGAGGCGGUCAAGCUGAAGGAGAAGAAGCUUAUCAAGGAGGUUGUGGCGGUGAGCUGCGGGCCACAGCAGGCACAGGAGACCAUCCGCACCGCCCUUGCCAUGGGAGCCGACCGCGGCAUUCACGUGGAGGUGUCUGGCAAAGACUACGACAACUUGGGCCCCCUGCACGUCUCCAAGAUCAUGGCUGCAUUGGCCAAGAAGGAGGAGGCCCAGCUUGUAAUUCUUGGGAAACAGGCCAUCGAUGACGACUGCAAUCAGACGGGACAAAUGACAGCAGCCCUACUGGACUGGCCUCAGGGCACGUUUGCGUCCGAAGUGACGCUGGAAGGCGGCAAAGUGAAAGUGGUGCGUGAGAUUGACGGUGGCCUGGAGACCGUCAAGAUCAACAUGCCCGCCGUAGUCACGGCAGACCUUCGACUCAAUACGCCUCGCUACGCCACCCUGCCUAAUAUCAUGAAAGCCAAGAAGAAGAAAAUUGCAAACGUGAAGCCGUCCGAGCUGGGCGUGGAUCUGACGUCCCGCCUGGAAGUGCUGCGGGUGGACGAGCCUCCGCAGAGGCAGGCUGGCAUCAAAGUGGAGACAGUGGACGACUUAGUGGGCAAACUCCGGGAGACGGGCAGCAUAUAACGUGGUCAGAAAGCGAAUGGCGAUAAGAAUAGAACGGCAAGGACAAGUACUGAGAAACACUGCCCUGCUGCCAGUGCAGUCGCACCACCUCAUUUUUUUUCUACUCGUCACAUCUGUACCAUAAGCUUGGAAUCUACUUCAGGGGUCAAUACAGAACCAUCUUGUUUUCAUAACGCUAAAGGUUGGGUCACGCCGCGCCUGUAAAUGAUUGUAAAUACCGUAUACAGACACAAGCUUGUCAUGUAUGCAAAGAUAUUUGCCAGAUUCCCAGACCGUGUCUCUCAGUACCGUCAAAACUUUUACCACAAGCGCCUCAGUUGUACAUGAUCAUGACAAUAAAGCAGCAUUUGUUUUA